GAUGACAAGUGAAAUGAGAUCCGUACCCUUUUGAUUUCUUUUUUACAAGGAUGUGUUCCACAAUGGUUUCCGAUAUCAAAUACCAGUUGAGCAUCCUGUUUAUCCUUCUUUGUCUUUGCAACGCCGAAGACUUAAUUAUCAACACACGACUAGGACAGAUUAGGGGAUUAAUAAACACUAUUGAUGAAAAUGUUGCUUCCGUCUUUUACAACAUUCCGUUUGCCAAGCCACCUAUUGGAGACCUCCGUUUUGCUAAGCCAAUAGCUUAUGGAAGCUGGACUGGUAUUCUGAAUGCUACAGCAUUAGGGAAUCAAUGCAUGCAGUUUGUGGACCCAAGUUCGCAAGUGCCUGGAAUCGAAACCUCGGAGGACUGUUUAUACCUCAAUAUCUUUGUCCCAAAUAACGCGUCGGAGUCCGUGAAGAAGCCUGUCAUGGUUUGGAUUCACGGUGGUGGAUUCUCAGUUGGAUCCGCCCAUAUCUACGACUCAAAAGCUCUAUCUUUACUUGGAGAUGUUAUUGUGGUAACCAUUCAGUACAGACUCGGUAUAUUCGGAUUUUUCUCAAUUGGUACAUCAGAAGCUUUGGGGAACUAUGGUCUUUGGGAUCAGAUGUUGGCAUUGGAAUGGGUUCACCAGAAUAUUGACUCUUUUGGAGGUGACCCCUCCUCUGUUACAAUAUUUGGAGAAUCUGCAGGAGGAGCAAGUGUAUCCCUGCUUGCUUUGAUUCCACAAAACAAAAAUAGAUUUCACCGAGUAAUCGCUCAGAGCGGUACCAUGACGGUAUCAUGGGCCAUGACAAACUCUACCGAAGGUUCAUACGCGAUUGGAGAACUCAGUGGAUGUUCCAGAUCUUUAGAAGCAGCUGCAUUUGUAAGUUGUAUGCGAAGAAGUGCAGCUACGACACUUUCAAAUAAUUUUAUCGGAUAUACUUAUCGAGACCCAAACAAAUUUGCAUUGUCUGUGGAAGUAGGUCCUGUUGUUGAUGGCGAAUUGUUCAAAAUGACCCCAAAAGACAUCCUUGGAAACUUUUCAUCAGAGGAAUACAAGUUUUUCUCUUCUUUGGACUACAUGACUGGAACAGUUAAAUAUGAUGGGAAUAUUAUUCUGUUGUCAAUGACUGAAGCAUUUCAGAAGCACUAUGGAUUCAAUUUGACUACAGGUAUAACAUCAGAACAGUUUUGUAAUAUUAUGGUUCCUCCUAUUAUUGGUUUCUUCUUCAAGAGCAAUCCAUUUGUCUUGGAAGAGGUCUGCAAUGAAUAUCAAGUACAAAACAACGUUUCCGAGCAAAGUCGACAAAUGUUGAACCUCUUUACAGAUAUUUUCAUGGAUUAUCCAGCAUUUGAGAGUCUUCGCUCUCAUAGUCAAGACAAUAUUAAGUCAAACACCUAUUAUUACGUUUUCGAGAUUCCCGGACCGUCAGCCAUAACUCCCUCGCCUCCACCCUGGUACGAGGGCCCUGGCCAUGCAGAUGAAUUAGUGUAUCUAUUUACUAUGACUCCUUUAAGUGGAGUGAGGAAAAAUGUUUCUACUGCCAUGAUGACAUACUGGACAAAUUUUGCAAAGAAUGGAGACCCACGUGACCCGACACUCCCGGAUUGGAUGAGUUACGACAAUCAGAAAGAAGCUUACUUGGUAAUUAAUGCAAAUCAAUAUACAGCAAUGGAUUACAAGGAACAUCGUAUGAAAUUUUGGGACCAAGACAUUCCUCGCUUGAUGGAAUCAGCACCUACAGGAACAGUCACAGUUCAGACAAAACUGGGUCCUAUGACUGGUAAAAUCGAUUAUGUGGAUUACAAUUAUCAUAAAAAAGUCUUGAAAUUUUAUAAUAUUCCUUUUGCCAAACCACCAUUGGGUAAACUCCGAUUUGCCAAGCCUGUGCCUUACGGAAGCUGGACAGGAACUCUAAAUGCUACUGAACAUGGAAAUCAGUGUAUGCAACUUCCAUCUUAUGAAAUGCCAGGGAUAGAAACUUCUGAAGACUGUUUAUACCUCAAUAUUUUUGUACCACAUGACGUUUCUAAUUCUUCAAAGAAACCUGUAAUGGUAUGGAUACACGGCGGUGGAUUUACUGGAGGAUCAGCUCAUGUGUAUGAAUCAAGUGCUCUUGCAUUACAAGGAGAUGUUAUUGUGGUAACAAUUCAGUAUAGACUCGGAAUAUUCGGAUUUUUCUCACUUGGUAAAAAUGAAGCAUUAGGGAACUAUGGUCUCUGGGAUCAGAUGCUAGCCUUGGAUUGGGUUCACCAGAAUAUUGACUCUUUUGGAGGUGACCCCUCCUCUGUUACAAUAUUUGGAGAAUCUGCCGGAGGAGCAAGUGUAUCCCUUCUUGCUUUGAUUCCACAAAAUAAAAAUAAAUUUCACCGAGUUAUUGCUCAGAGUGGUACAAUGACUGCACCUUGGGCAACAACAAACGUCACCAAAGCUUCGUUUGCAAUUGGGGAACUUGUGGGAUGCUCUAAAUCUUUAGAAACACCUGCAUUUGUCAAUUGCAUGCAAAACAUCAAUGCCAACACGCUUUUAACAAGUGCAUUGGGAUACAUGUACAGAGACCCAAAUGCAUUUCAAUAUGACACUGAAAUGGGACCUGGUAUUGAUGGUGAGCUUUUCAAAGUGACACCAAGUGAGCUGUUAAGAAACUUUUCCUCAGAAGAAUAUAAGUUUUUCUCUUCUUUGGAUUUCAUGACUGGAACUAUGAAAGCAGAUGGUAAUGACGCUUUACUUGCAAUGACUGAAUCGUUUCAAAAAUACUACAGUUUUAAUUUAACUACUGGUAUUACAGCCGAUCAGUUUUGUAGCAUAUUUGUUCGUCUGUUUACUGUUCACUUUUUCCAAAACAAUUCGCACGUGUUCAGGACCAUUUGUGACGAAUACCAAGUGCAGAACAAUGUUUCUGAGCAGAGUCGACGAAUGAUCGACUUUCAUACCGAUUUUUUCUUCGCUUACCCAGCAUUUGAAAGUCUCCGCUCUCACAGUCAAGACAACGUUCAGUCUAAUACUUAUCAUUAUGUGUUCGAGUUGGACGGAGUGUCGAUUUUGCUUCCCUCACCUCCUCCUUGGUAUAUCGGCCCUGGUCAUGCUGAUGAGUUGGCUUACUUGUUUCCGUUUUAUCCCCUCAGUGGACAAUGGAAGGCAGUUUCAACUACCUUGAUGGCAUACUGGACGAAUUUUGCUAAAAGAGGAGACCCAAAUGAUCCUUCCCUUCCAGACUGGGCAGUUUAUGACAAUCAGAAAAAAGCAUACUUGGAAAUUGAUGCUAACCAAUAUACAGCAUUGAAAUACAAAGAACAUAGUAUGCAGUUAUGGGACCAAGACAUACCUCGCUUGAUGGAAUCAGCACCUACAGGAACAAUCACGAUUCAGACAAAACUGGGUCCUAUGACUGGUAAUAUAGAAUACUUGGAUGAAAAUAACCGUAAGAAAGUGUUAACAUUUUACAAUAUUCCUUUCGCCAAACCUCCAGUGGGUGAACUCCGUUUUGCCAAGCCUGUGCCCUACGGAAGUUGGACUGGUACUCUUAAUGCUACAGAAUCUGGAAACCAGUGUAUGCAAUACGAUCCAACAUCUCAAAUACCUGGAGUAGAAACCAGUGAAGAUUGUUUGAAUUUGAAUAUCUUUGUACCACAUAACGUGUCAGAGUCUUUCAAAAAGCCCGUCAUGGUUUGGAUACACGGUGGUGGAUUUACCGUAGGAUCAGCUCAUGUGUACGAUUCAAGUGAGCUUGCCUUACAAGGAGAUGUUAUUGUGGUUACCAUUCAGUAUAGACUAGGCAUAUUUGGAUUUUUCUCACUUGGUAGAAAUGAAGCAUUAGGAAAUUAUGGCCUUUGGGAUCAGAUGCUGGCAUUGGAGUGGGUUCACCAGAAUAUCGAGUCUUUUGGAGGGGAUCCCUCCUCUGUUACAAUAUUUGGAGAAUCUGCCGGAGGAGCAAGUGUAUCGCUUCUGGCUUUGAUUCCACAAAACAAAAAUAGAUUUCAGCGAGUUAUUGCUCAAAGUGGUACCAUGACAGCAUCAUGGGCGACAACAGACUCUACCGAAGCUUCAUAUGCAAUUGGAGAACUUAUGGGUUGUUCUAAAAAUCUUACAUCUGAAUUUGUCAAUUGCAUGAAAAACAGUGAUGCAAACACUCUUUUAAACAGAUAUUUGGUAUAUACUAAUAGGAAUCCAAAUUUGAUAAAUUUUGUACCAGAAAUUGGCCCUGUUAUCGAUGGAGAAUUGAUCAAGGCUAUGCCCACAUAUUUGUUGAAGAAUUUUUCAUCGGAAGAAUAUAAAUUUUUCUCUUCCUUGGAUUACAUGACAGGAACAGUAAAAUCAGACGGAAACGUAUAUUUGCUUGUAAUGACAGAAGCUUUUCAGAAAUACCACGGAAUCAAUGCAACCACGGGUAUUUCAGCCGAUCAGUUUUGUAGCACAUUCGUUCCUCCUAUUGCAGAAGAUGUGUUUGAAAACAAUACACUUGUUUCAAAUGAAAUUUGCAACAAAUAUAAGGUGAAGAACAAUGUAACCGAACAAAGUCGACAAAUGCUGAAUCUUUUUACAGAUGUAUUCUUUGCUUACCCAGCAUUUGAAAGUCUUAGUCUACACAGUGAAAACAACAUCCAGUCUAGCACUUUUCAUUAUGUAUUUGAGUUCGAUGUACAGUCAAUUUUAUUUUCUUCCACUCCUGCCUGGUACGUCGGCCCUGGCCAUGGAGAUGAACUGGGUUUCAUGUUCCCUUUUUAUCCCCACAAUGAACAAGGAAAAUCUGUUUCAGCUGCCUUGAUGAGAUACUGGACAAAUUUUGCUAAAAGCGGAAAUCCAAACGAUCCCUCCCUUCCAGACUGGGCUGUGUAUGACAAUCAGAAGAAAGCUUAUUUGGCAAUUAGUGCAAACCAAACUACAUCAAUGAAAUACAAAGAAAGUGACAUGCAAUUUUGGGGAAAAGAUGUACCCAAUUUGAUAAAAACAACACGUACCGGAACAAUUUCAAUUCUGACAAAAUUGGGUCCUAUGAUUGGAACAAUAAAUUAUCUGGAUAACGAUAAGCAUAAAACAAGAGUCUUGAAAUUUUAUAAUAUUCCUUUCGCCAAACCUCCAGUGGGUGAACUCCGUUUUGCUAAACCUGCGCCUUACGGAAGUUGGACUGGAACUCUAAAUGCCACGACGUUUGGUAACCAGUGUAUGCAGGUUGAUCCUGCAUCUCAAAUUCCCGGAGUAAAAACUUCUGAAGAUUGUUUGAACCUCAAUGUCUUCGUACCAAAUAACAUUUCUGUGUCAUCUAAGAAACCUGUCAUGGUAUGGAUACACGGUGGUGGAUUUACUGGAGGAUCAGCUCAUCUCUAUGAUUCAAGCCUUAUCGCCUCACAAGGAGAUGUUAUUGUGGUAACUAUUCAAUAUAGACUCGGAAUAUUCGGAUUUUUCUCACUUGGUAAGAAUGAAGCUUUAGGAAACUAUGGCCUUUGGGAUCAGAUGAUGGCAUUGGAGUGGGUUCACCAGAAUAUUGACUCUUUUGGUGGGGACCCCUCUUCUGUUACAAUAUUUGGAGAAUCUGCCGGAGGAGCAAGUGUAUCCCUUCUUGCUUUGAUUCCACAAAACAAAAAUAGAUUUCACCGAGUAAUCGCUCAGAGUGGUACCAUGACAGCACCUUGGGUCGUAACAAACGCCUCCCAAACUUCAUAUGCAAUUGGAGAAAUGGUGGGAUGUCCCAAAACUCUACCUACGUCUGACUUUGUCAAUUGCAUGAGAAACAGUGAUGCAAACACGCUAUUAUACAGAAGUUUGGGAUAUAUUUAUAGAAUGAAGGAGGUUAUGUCUUUUAGAUCAGAAAUGGGACCUGUCAUUGAUGACGAAUUGAUUAAAUUGGCACCAACUGAUUUGAUGAAAAAUUUUUCAAGGGAGGAAUAUAAAUUUUUCUCUUCCUUGGAUUUCAUGACUGGAACAGUGAAAUCAGACGGAAAUGUGAUUCUGGGAGCAAUGACUGAAGCAUUUCAGAAACAACAUCAAUUAAAUUUAACUACGGGUAUCACAGCCGAUCAGUUUUGUAACAAAUUAGUUCCUUCAAUUUCGGCAGAUUUCUUCAGAAAUAAUUCAAUCGUCUCCAAGGAAAUUUGCAACGAAUAUCAAGUGAAGAAUAAUGUUUCCGAGCAAAGUCGACAAAUGUUGGAUCUUUUCACAGAUUUGUUCUUUGCUUACCCAGCAUUUGAAAGCAUUCGAUCCCACAGUCAAAGCAAUGUUCAGUCAAACACUUUUCACUAUGUGUUUGAGUUAGAUGGACCGACAGUGAUGUUAUCUACGCCUCCACCUUGGUACAUUGGUCCUGGUCAUGCAGAUGAACUUAUUUAUCAGUUUCCUUUCUUUUAUCUCUCUGGAAAGCAAGCAUCUUUUGCCUCGACUUUGUUAAAAUAUUGGACAAAUUUUGCAAAAUCAGGGGACCCGAAUGAUCCUGGAUUACCAUACUGGCCAUCGUAUAAUACUGCUGAUCGUAGCUUCUUACGGAUGGGGGAAGAACUUAGGCCCAACAUGGAAUACAAAAUGGAGCGUUUGAAGAUGUUCGAUGUAGAAAUCCCACGAAUUUUAAAUGAAGCUUACCCUAUCGUAAAAACAAAAAGCGGAGAAUUAAAAGGAAUAACAAAAUACAUUGAUGGGAAGAUGGAAACACCCGUGACUGUAUUCCAUAAUAUCCCAUAUGCUGCGCCUCCAUUAGGUGAACUCAGAUUUUCAAAACCAAGACCGUUUGGUAAUUGGUCUGGUAUACGAGAUGCCACCAAACCAGGAGUUGAGUGCUUGCAAACAGAGGUGUCUGGCUUGUCGAAGAGUGAAGACUGUUUACAAUUAAAUAUUUUUACUCCCUAUCAUAGCCUUUCUUCUUCGAAAAAAAGAUCGGUAAUGGUCUGGAUUCAUGGAGGCGGGUACGAAUUGGGUACUUCCUUAAUCUAUGAUGGAAGUGAUCUUGUAGUUCAUGGCGAUGUCAUUGUUGUGACAGUAAAUUAUCGCCUAGGAAUCUUUGGAUUUUUUACACUGAAUGAUCCUUUGGCUAGAGGUAAUUAUGGACUAUGGGACCAGAUUUUAGCUCUUCAGUGGGUACAACAAAAUAUUGCCUCCUUUGGUGGGGACCCAUCAUCUGUGACUAUCUUUGGAGAAUCUGCUGGAGGAUUUAGUGUGUCUCUCCUCUCCAUGAUCCCUGAAAAUAAAGGUCUCUUUCAUCGAGUGAUAUCUCAGAGCGGAGUGUCCUCUUCUCCCUGGGCAUUCGGAGACUCUGAACCUGCGACAAGAUCAAUUGGAGACCUAUCGGGUUGUUCCCGAACUCUGAGCAGUUCUAAAUAUGUCGAAUGUAUGCGUAAUGUAGAUGCAAAUACCUUACAAAGUUAUUCAACUGCAUAUAUCUACAGAGAUCCUUCUACGAUACGUCAGAUACUAGAAUUUACACCAGGAUUAGAUGGGGACAUGUUUAAGAUCACUCCCGAGGAAAUUCUUUCAAAUUCCUCCUCUGAAGAACAUAAAUUUUUCACAUCUCUCAGCCUGAUUACUGGGACUAUGAAGACUGAAGGAUCUUCAUUAGCAGGAGAAAUUUAUCAAGAAGCAGUUCAAAACAAAUUCAAUAUUAAUGCAUCCCUAGGUAUUUCAACUGAAUUCAUGUGUGACAAUUUUACUCAAACUCUCGUGUCAGACUAUUUUAAUGGAAAUGGUCAGGUGUCAAAGUAUAUUUGUGAUAAGUACAGCGUCAGAAACAAUCUUACAGAACAAGGAAAGAAAAUGCUGGACAUAUGCACGGAUUUUAUAUUUUUGGCACCUGCUUAUGUAAAUCUUCGCUCCCACAGUUUCCUCAACAUUCGUACUAAAUCAUACCAGUAUGUCAUUGAAAGGCCACCUAUGUCAUUCGCCUACGUCUAUUCUCAGUAUUACCCUUCUUGGUUUGAUCCUCCUGGUCAUGCAGAUGAUUUAGCGUAUAUAUUUCCUGCAUACUUUCAACUCUCGUCACUGGAAGACAUUCAAUACUCCAAAACCAUAAUGUCUUACUGGACAAAUUUUGCCAAAUAUGGGGACCCAAAUGACCCGUCGCUGCCUUUGUGGCCAACCUACGAUUCAUCAAAUGAGGCAUAUUUUGCCUUUGACGACGAUCCAAAAGCACAUAUGAAAUAUGAAAAAAGUCGCAUAAAUAUUUGGGUAGACAGCAUUCCAAAGAUAAUCGAAAGCUCAUCGGCAUCUGACACCAUAGUUGAAACUCCAAUUGGUAAAAUACAAGGAACAAUAAGAGUUAUACCAGAAAAUCUUAACAGCAAUGUGUAUGUCUUUUACAACAUUCCAUAUGCCAAACCUCCUAUUGGCAACCUUCGAUUCGCUAAACCCAUACCUUUUGGUAGAUUUGACAACAUUUAUAAUGCGACUAAUAUUGGAAGCGCUUGCUUACAACCUGCACUCUAUUCAGACAUAAAAAGUUAUAGUGAGGAUUGUUUACAACUUAACAUCUAUAUUCCAAACAAUAUUUCUACCUCAAAUAAGAAAUCUGUGAUGGUUUGGAUUCAUGGAGGAGGAUAUGCAGUUGGGUCCGCCGUUCAAAAUGAUGGAUCCAUUUUAGCAUCCAAAGGAGACGUUAUUGUUGUAACAGUGAAUUAUCGUUUGGGGAUUUUCGGUUUCUUCAGUUUGAAUGACGCUACAUCGAGAGGAAACUAUGGGAUAUGGGACCAAAUCUUGGCUUUACGUUGGGUUAAAGAUAAUAUUGCAUCCUUUGGUGGAAAUCCAGACUCAAUAACUAUAUUUGGUGAGUCAGCUGGGGGAUUCAGUGUGUCACUUCUCUCUCUAAUUCCACAAAAUCGUGGGCUUUUCCAUAGAGUGAUAGCGCAAAGCGGAGCAGCUCUAAGUCCGAUAGCUACCGGAGACUCGCGCCCAGGAACAUUAGGGGUUGGAAAAUUAUCUCAAUGUAAUGGCAGCAGUGAGGAAUUCAUCAGAUGCAUGCGUAACAAAUCUGCAGAAGAAAUAUCAAGGCAUUAUUUAACAUUUAUAACUAGAAAUCCUUUACAAUUAGCCCCAGUACUUGACUUAUUGCCAAAUAUUGACAAUGAGCUGUUCCGUCAACCCCCCUCUGAUAUAUUAAAGAACACCUCAUCCGAAGAGUUUAAAUUCUUUGCUUCCCUAGAUUUGAUAUCUGGAGCGAUGAAGCAGGAAGGCACCGUGAUAUUUGAUACUUUCACCGACACUAUACAAAGUCAUUUCAACUUUGACCUGUCAGUUGGCAUGCCAACUGAAUUCGUUUGCAACUUUUUUAUCCCUGCUUUUAUUGAUUUCAUCAAAAUUCUAGGAAACCAACAGCUAAUUAAAACAACUGUAUGCGAAAAAUAUCGUGACUUCAGUUCUCAAGGAAAGCAAGCAAAUGAAGUGUUGAAUUUUGUCGCUGAUGUCCUUUUCACAGUACCCUUGGUAAAGGUCCUUGAUGCUCAUAGCUCAAAGAAUAUUCGCGCCAGGACCUUCCAGUACCUUGUGACCGAGGAUUAUCCGUAUCCUUAUUAUUCAUAUCCUAGUUGGUAUGAGGGCCCUGGUCACGCAGACGACGUGGGAUUUAUAUUCCAGUACUACACUCCCCCAACCGAGGGAAUACAAGACUAUUUGGCAGUUUCUGACAAAAUGAUAGCAUAUUGGAGUAACUUUGCCAAAAAUGGUGACCCUAAUGACAAUUCUCUGGAGAGAUGGCCAGUCUAUAACCCAGGUGCUAAAGGUUAUAUAAUUCUGGACAGAGGCACCAAACCUUCUACAGGGUACGCUAAUAGCAGGGUCAAGUUCUGGUUAGAAGACCUUCCGGAUAGGCUAACUAAUAAAGUGACAACGACGCCUAAGCCAUUUGUCAGAGAUGGGGCUACAAAUGUUAGACAAGGGUUUGGAAGUGUUAUACUGUUUGUAGUCUUUAUACACUGUUUCUUCCUAUGUUGCUGAUGAAUGAGAAAAGGGAGAUAAAAACUUUAUGUAGGUGUAUAUGUGCAUUGUUUCUUCAAAUAUUAUUGAUAUGAAAAUGUUUAUAAAGUUAUAAACCUAACUGUACACCUAUAUUGCCUAUCUGUGAUGAUGGUUAUAAUACUGCCUUGCAAACACUUAUUGACUUUUCUGUGAUGAAGGAAAUUUAUCUUUACUAAUCUUCUUAAAAAAUAAUUUAUCUUUAUAUUAAGAUAAAUGAAAUGUUAUUUUUUAUAUUUGACAGAAUAUAAGCUUUUUCAUCAUAAUUUUUUUUCCAUUUUUGGAAUUUUAUAUUUAUUAGUUUAUGAUACCGAUAUUAGCUGGUGGUAGCAUGUAAUCCACAUAUAAUUGUUUUGUUUUUAGAUGUUUAUAGUUUUAUGUACGUAUGAUAAAAUUUUCAUUUUAAGCAGAAAUAUCAAUCCAUUGUUUAUAUCAUGAAACAGUUCAGACAACAUUGAUCCUAUAUAUUAUGAAACAAUGUUGUGAAUUUUUAUUACAAUUUUAUAUUUUCUAUAUGUUCUUUAAUCUUCACACUGUGUAAUCUGACGUCCUGUCUAUUCUGACAACCUGUCUAUUCCGACACAGAAUUUAUAACCCUGUGCAUGCCGGAUUCGACAAACUUCACUGUAUUUAUACAUGUAUAUAUAUCGAUGCGACCAUAACAAAUAGAGAGAAUUUUAUGCAUGAAUAAAGAAAGAAAAGAUGAAGUUGAAUUGUGUUUUGUGUAGAUGUCGAUGAAAGAUACAAUAUAACAAAAUUGUUAAUGAAAAGCA